ACACCACACACUACAACACGCUGUCUUGAAACUUCAACCUCUUUCACGUUUCUUCUUCUUCAUCAUCUUCUUCUUCUUCUUGGUUCCCUCGAAGAAGCAAAGAAAAUGGCUACUAUCAUCGACUCUCAUUUCUUAGCGUUCACCGCACUUGUCACUAUUGGCUAUCAGUUUCUGUUUUUCGUCAUCACUGCGCUUCUCAAAUUCGACAAAGUCACUGAUUUUGCGGGAAGCACGAAUUUCAUCAUAAUUGCUGUAUUGACCCUGGUGAUCAAAGGCUCCUGGUAUUUUCGGCAGAUAAUCCUGACUUUGUUUGUUGUGAUAUGGGGAAUUCGCCUGGCGUUUUUCCUGUUAUUCAGAAUUUUGCAGUGGGGAGAAGACCGACGCUUUGAUGAAAUGCGUAAUAAUUUGGGUAGACUGGCCAUAUUUUGGAUAUUUCAGGCUGCCUGGGUGUGGACUGUGAGUUUACCGGUUACAUUGGUUAAUGCAAGCGACAGAAAUCCCUUUCUACAUGUUGUGGAUAUAAUAGGUUGGAUCUUGUGGGCUGUCGGUUUCAUUGUGGAAGGUACAGCAGAUCAACAAAAGCUGAAUUUCAAAAGAUCAUCAGAAAAUAGAGGGAAGUGGUGUAAUGUUGGAGUCUGGAAAUAUUCUCGUCAUCCUAACUAUUUUGGUGAGAUAUUGCUUUGGUGGGGGAUAUUUCUGGCCUCUACACCUGUACUGGAGGGUGCUGAAUGGCUGGUAAUCAUUGGACCGAUCUUUCUCACAUCGUUGCUUCUUUUUGUCAGUGGCAUUCCGCUGCUUGAGGAUUCGGCAGAUAAGAAGUUUGGUAAUGUAGAUGGAUAUAGGAUAUACAAAACAAGAACAAGCCCUUUAAUCCCAUUGCCACCAUCAGUCUAUGGGAACUUACCGGCAUGGUUCAAAAAAGCCCUUCUCUUGGAGUUUCCAUUUUACAAUCGUAAUCUUCCACUAGAAGAGAACUGGUGAGAUGAUAUUUAACUAUUUACUGUCUGCUCAAGGUGUAGAGGAAGCAGUGGGAAAAGCAGCG